AUGCAAGAGUUUAUUUUCAUUGAAGCACUUCAUGCACCUCAUUGGUCAGUAAGGCAAGUGAAGUGCAGUCCAGAGGCUUGUGUUUGUCAUGGUGGUCACUUAUUUCUUGCAGCAGAAGAGUAAUGGACACAUGGAUGUACAGUUCAACCAAAUAGUAAAUAAUAAUUCUAAUCAUUUAACAUGAAAUGCUGUAGAGAGCAAAGAGAGCAAAAUGGCUGAAGAAAAGGGGAAGUGCAGAUUUGCAGCUACAGCAAACAGUCUGGAUAGAAAGACAAACGGACUGAGACAUGUCUGCUGCUGAGAGGCUGAAGGUGCUACUCUUCUUAGCUUUGUUUUUCGGAGCAACGGGGUUUCUGUUCACACUGCUCUCCUGUGGGACGGAGUACUGGCUGCUGGCUGCUGAGUCCUGCAGCCAGCCAGGGGACAGCUAUGGAGGAAGUAGCCUGAGCGAAAGGAAGGGCAGCACCAAGGCUAUACAUGGUGUGAAGAUCUUCCAUGAGGGUCUGUUUUGGCGGUGCUCUUUCCUGACUCUUUCAAAUGAAUACUCUAUAUGGGACCUGUGGAUCUCAAACCAACCACCAUCAAAGGUCUGCCAGGCCGCUUUCCUCUUCCCGUUUCCUGUUAAUGAGCCAAUUGGAUCAUGGGUGGAGCCACACGGUUUACCCACAGAACCGUAUGAACACCACUCUGCCAUUGUUUUUAGAACCUUCUGGAGCAUCUUCCUCUUCUCAGGCUUGACGGGCGCCGUCAUUGGUGGAUUUGUUGUUAUCUGUGCCGGCCCGCUGGCCAAUCAAAAACUCUAUAAAGUGGGUGGGGCCCUUCAACUUUGUGGAGGUCUGUGCCUGCUUGCUGUGGUGGUGAUGUAUCUGAUGUGGGUCGAGGUCCUGGACACUUUGGAGCAGUUUGCCCGGCAUCAGAGAAUCUCCAGUUGCCCCUCUUUCCACCUCAGCAUCCAGCACGGUCCUUCGUUCCUCCUGGCUCCCGUCGCUGUCUUCUUCUGCUUGCUGGCUGGCCUCCUCUUCAUCCUGGUUGGUCGGAGUAUUCAGGGGAUACGGCUGCAUAAAAGAAACAAGAUUCCUGAUUCUUCCAGAAUCUGAUGUUUAGCUGUCAUUCCCUCUUACAUAUAGUUUAUUGAAAUGUACCGCUUCACCAAGGAUGAGCAUCUUGUAUUGAAAAUUGCAAUGAAGUCAUACUCCAGACAAUGGCCACAGACUGUUGGUAUUCUAAGGUUGGGAUGCAUUACAACUGCGUUGGCCUGGGGUACUGGCUCCAGUCUGGCCUCCACAAGGCACUGAAGUGGACUUUUGUUAUGCUCAUAGGCUUCUUAGAGUUUUCUUCUAACAACCUUAUGGAGCAAUAAAUAUGAUGAAAUAAUGACCCUCCCUGUAGUGCCACCAGCAGGACAUCUGCUCUACAUAUAAUGCUCUUGGUUAGAGUGCAUUUGAAAUGUAUUUGUGAGAAAUCAAUGAGAAACUAUAAGUUUAUAUAGGUCUUGUUUUGACAGUUCAGAGUUGACACUUGAAUUUCAUCACUGAGACAAAUUUCUUUAUCCUCGUUAAUAAGCCAAUCAAGUUUUAGUCAUCUCAGGAGCUGAUUAUUUCCGACAAAGAAAUAUUCAGCUUAAGAAUUUCUUGUGUGCACGUGCAGGUGGGGGUGGAAAGUAAAUAACUUUUUUUGUACAUAUACUCAAAUAACUAAAGGCCCUGCACUUCCACACAGGUGAUUUCAAUUAUUCUGCCUAAUUACAGAACUCUAGUUGAGUUGUGACUGGGGAGUGCCGUGAUGGGAAUUACAUCAAACUAAAUGUACCAAUAAACAGUCUAAAAGGUGCACGUUGUCCUAACCCGAGGUUUAAGCAGGCAACAUAGGUGAAAACACCUGUGUGGGUAUACCUUGUUUGUGGGGAGGUACUUUUUAUGCAACUUUAUAAUCAUCUAAAUCACUACAUUUCAGUGGGAAACACUGUACUUUUUACUUCACCACAUUUAACAGUUUAAAUGAUACAUUGUUAUAAUCAAUCAAAAGUUGGUAAGACUAGAGCCUACCUCAACCUUUAAAUUUGGCUUUAACAGUAAUGCAUUAGUAAAAAUUAUCCAAUAAAAUAAUAAAGACUCUUGGCAGGA